AUGGCCUGCACUAUCAAGAAAUCAUCAACGUUGGUUGACGUACACGGUAAAAGUCCUAGCUGUCGAAGACGAUGGUCCGCGAAGACACCGUUAAUACGACAGGAUGAUAGGUUACUUCGGAAUUACUAUGUCAAAUAUAAGGGAAGUUGGUCGCGAAUUGCAAAAGAGUUACCAGGAAGAGACAAUAGAGCAUGUUAUAAUCGAUGGAUAAAUCAUGCCAACCCGGAUGUUAACAAGCAACCUUUGGAGAAAUGGGAAAUAGACAUUUUGAAAGAGAAUUAUAAAUACUACGGUAAUCAAUGGAAUCUAGUUAUUAAAGGCUUAAAAGGCAGGACCCCUUUGCAAGCUAAGAAUUUUUUUUACAGCAUGAGAAAAUCUUCAGA